UUGCAGUAUCGUUCCUCUCCUAGCUAGUCCUACAUAAUCAACAGCAGGAGGACCUCUCAGAUUCUACAAAGACCCUUGUUCGGGAGGAAAGGAGAGAAUUUCCACUUCUUAAUUAACUUGAUAGAGAGAUCACAGAGAGAGAGAGAGAGAGAGAGAGAGAGUUACAGCAUCAGAAGAAGGCAUGAAUAGAGGUCAUCUUCUUCAUCAGAGCUCACCGGUGCAGCAAAUGAUGGCCAACCCUAACUGGUGGAACAUCAAUAUUAAUACCAUGCGCCCUCAACAACCUUCUCCUUUCUUGUCCUCUCCUUCCAAUUUUCUACCCAAUCAACACCUGCCUUCUUGGCAACAUGACCUCAAUAAUCAACACCACUUUCCAGACUCAUGGACCCAACUUCUCAUGGGUGGAUCGAUGGCUGAAGAAGAUAGAGGAGGCAUGGGUCAGUUUCAGGCACCGAAUGCAGCUCUCGUGGAUAUUAAGCAAGAAAGUUCAGUGAACAGCUAUGGUUAUGGCCAUGGAAACAGCGAAGAAUUUCAGGCAGUGAAACCUACUGGUUGGCCUCAUCAAAUAGUUGUGCCGGCUUCUUCUCCAAAGUCCUGUGUCACAAGUUUCAGCAGCAAUAUGUUGGAUUUCUCUAACAAUCAAGCCGAUGCUAAGCCGUCUCUGCCAGAUCCAUCUUCUGAGUGUAACAGCAGUGCAACUACUGGUGGGGCAGCGAAGAAGGCUAGGGUUCAAGGCUCUGGAGCUCAGUCUACCUUCAAGGUUAGGAAGGAGAAGCUGGGUGACAGAAUCACAGCCCUUCAUCAGCUAGUUUCUCCAUUCGGAAAGACUGACACGGCCUCUGUGCUGUUAGAAGCUAUUGGGUAUAUCAGAUUCCUUCAGAGUCAAAUCGAGGUCCUUAGCUUACCAUACUUGGGCAGUGCCACAUCAUCAAGCCUCAGGCACCAACAAUCUGCUGUUCAAGGAGAGAAUAAUUGUAUAUUCCCUGAAGACCCUGGUCAGCUGCUGAAUGAAAACAGCUUGAAGAGGAAAGCGCCUUGUAGUAAUCCGCAGGAAUCAAAAGAAGAAGGGAAGAAGGACCUGAGAAGUAGAGGAUUGUGUCUGGUUCCAGUGUCGUGCACAAUGCAAGUUGGGAGUGAUAAUGGAGCAGACUAUUGGGCUCCUGCACUAGGCGCAGGGUUUCGAUAGAUCAGAAUUAUUUGGCCAUUAAUUAAUAUUAUCGCAUAAGAAGAAGAAAAAGAAGCCAGAUCAUGCAUGGAAGGACACAGAUGAAAGAACCAAAUUAAUUCAAGGAAAUGAUGCUAUACCAUCAUGAGCAGUCAAUCUGCUAUAAGACUUUCCAAGGCUGAUUGCUCAUGAUGCUAUACUGCUUCUUCCUGAAUAACACUGAUGCUUGAGUCAUGUACUGUCUUCUCAUCAAUUAAUUAAUUCCCAAUUUGCAAUCUCUAGCUUCCUCCUAAUUAUUUAAAGGACUACUACUGUUGUUCAUGCAAAUUAAAUCCAGCUUUUCGCUAUUAUCUUCCUUAAUCAAUUAGCUUAACCGAUAUGAUGAUGAUGAUAUCGGCCUAUCCUAGAUUUUAGUUAAUGUGUAUAUGCAAUAUUAUUUGUAUGAUCAAUCAUCAAUCAUUGAUGAAUUAAUGCUAAGCUACGUCGACUAGUGACUACAUUUGUCAUUUUCAUCCUCA